AUUAUUUCAAUCUCACACACAUCUCCAAAAUCCCUAGAAAAGAAAAAACCCUCUUCUUCUCUUCUCUUCCAUGCUUCUCUCUCCUGAACCCCAAAACCAAAAACCAAAUCCCUUCAAAAAGUCUCUGUGCCCACAUUUUCCUCAGAUCUCAAAGUGAAAUACCCAUCUUUGAUCUUUGCAUUCGAGUGAGAUAAGAUAGAGGGAAGGAGCAAAAAGAGAGUGGCAUUUUGGAACUCAGAUGUCUCAUGUGAGAUGAAGAGGAAGACCCACUUCACCCUCUUCCGCUUCGAUCUUUCACUCCUCAUUGUCCUCUUUCUUGGUGCAGCCUCGGUCUGUGCCUCUGUACGGGUCGAUAUCACCCCCCAUGGAGGCCUCACCGACUCCGAAGCCUUGUACAUCAGGCAGCGCCAGCUUCUUUACUACAGGGACGAAUUCGGCGACCGAGGUGAGAAAGUCACCGUAGACCCAUCUCUGGUUUUCGAAAACCCAAGAAUCAGAAAUGCUUAUAUUGCAUUGCAAGCUUGGAAGGAAGCUAUUUUCUCUGAUCCCUUGAAUCUCACCGCCAAUUGGGUUGGAUCUAAGGUCUGUAACUACACUGGGGUUUACUGUGCUCCCGCACCUGAUAACCACAAGAUCCGAACCGUCGCCGGCAUUGAUCUCAACCACGGUGAUAUUGCUGGGUACUUGCCGGAGGAGCUGGGCCUGCUUGUUGAUCUUGCAUUGUUCCACAUAAACUCUAACAGGUUUUGCGGUACUGUGCCACACAAGUUCCAGACUCUGAAGCUUUUGUUUGAGUUUGAUAUCAGCAACAAUCGCUUCGCCGGCAAGUUCCCGGAGGUGGUCUUGAAGCUCCCGCAGCUCAAGUUCCUGGAUCUGAGAUUCAAUGAGUUCGAAGGAACUGUGCCAAAAGAGCUCUUCGACAAGCCAUUGGACGCCAUCUUCAUCAACCACAACCGCUUCAGGUUCGAUCUUCCCGACAAUUUCGGCAACUCACCGGUGUCGGUCAUCGUGCUGGCCAACAACAAGUUCCACGGUUGCCUCCCUUCGAGCCUCGGCAACAUGUCCAACCUCAACGAGAUCAUCAUGAUGAACAACGGGUUCAGAUCCUGCCUGCCUGCGGAGAUUGGUCUGCUCAAGAAUUUGACCGUCUUUGAUGUGAGUUUCAACGAGCUGUUGGGCCCAUUGCCGGACAUGUUCGAUAAAUUGGUGGGCAUUGAGCAGCUAAACGUGGCACACAACUUGCUGUCCGGCAAAAUCCCCCCAGGUAUCUGUAAAUUGCCCAACCUUCAGAACUUCACCUUCUCGUAUAACUUCUUCACGGGCGAGCCACCGGUGUGCUUGAGCCUUCCGGACUUCAGUGACCGGAGGAACUGCUUACCCAAUAGGCCGGCCCAGAGGUCCGCCAAGCAAUGUAAGUCGUUCUUGUCCAAGCCUGUGGAUUGUAGCUCCUUUAGAUGUACUCCUUUCGUUCCUGCUUUGCCUCCACCUCCUCCGCCCUCACCACCUCUUCCAUCACCUCCACCUCCAUCUCCGCCUCCGCCUCCUGUUUACACACCACAAUCACCACCGCCACCACCUCCUCCGGUCUUCUCGCCUCCACCACCACCACCCCCACCAGUUCUCUCUCCACCUCCACCUCCACCCUCCAUUCCUUCCAUUUCUCCAUUCCUUCCAUUCCUUCAUCCAUUCCUCCAUUCAUUCCUCCAUCCUUCCUUCAUUCCUUCCAUUCCAGAUCCCUCCAUUCCAGAUCCCUCCAUUCCACUGCAGUCCCCCUCAUCUUCUUUACCACCAGUUCCGUGUGAACAUCCACCGCCUGCUCAGUCACCACCUCCGCCAAUUGUUUAUGAGAGCCCACCGCCUCCCACUCCAGUAUACGAGGGGCCAUUGCCACCAAUCAUCGGAGUCUCGUACGCAUCUCCUCCGCCACCGCCCUUCUAUUGAUUCUUUUGAGACUUCUCCUCCUCUUAACUUUCCCUUAAUCACAAUCAAUACUCACAUUUAUAGUCGCGGCUAUUGCUUCUUUCUCCUCUUCCCAUGGUCCAUCUCGCUCUGGUUCUUCUUCCUCUUUGGGCAAUUCUCGUCGCUCAUGAUUCAAGACAAUGUAAAAGGGUAUGUGCAACUCUAGGAAUUAUCUUCUCCAGCAAUGUUCUGGCGUUGGAACUUUUGAAUGUUGUUGAAGAAACAGAGAAGAGGUGAAAGUUAGAGAGGGAGGUAAGAGGAAAAAGUCUCUCCAGUAUUUAUUUGAAUUGUUAUGGAUAUUUGAGUUGUGAAAUAAAAUUUGGCAGAGGAAGAAUAGGGUUGCAGAGAAAGUGUAUGUAUAGGGAUGAAAAUUUGGGGACCAUAAUUCAGGGCUUACAGAGAUGGCAGCACUUUCUGCUGCUGUAGCUGGUUUGUGGGAUUUUAUUGUUAUUGUCUCUCUUUUAUAUCAUACUUUUGUUUCUUAUUCC